CCUGGACAUGGCGGAGUGCGGAGCCGGCAGCCGGACACUGGCGGCCCUGCAAAGAGCCUUCGCAGCAGGCGCCCGACUGCAGCUCCUCAGCCUGGCGGGCAACACGGCCGUCAGCGAUGCGGAUGCAGCAGCACUAGGCGGCGCCCUAGCAGCAGCAGCCGCAGCAGCAGAGGGCAGCGCGGAGGGGCCACUUGUGCACUUGGAGCUGUCCGGGACACAGGCCGGGCCCCAGGCGGUGGCAGCACUAUCCCAAGCCAGCGGCUUGCGCCACCUUAGCCUGGUGGGGUGUCCGCUGGGGGCGGCCGGCGCGGCGGCCCUGGCGACCAGCCUGGCCGCAGGCGGCUGGGCGGGCCUGCAGGAGCUCUGCGUGUCAGGCACCGGGCUAGGCUCCCAGGAUGUGGACGCGAUUUUCUCAGCGCUGGCGGGCGCGGGUGCACCCGGUCUGAAGAGCUUGGAGAUUGGGGCAAAUCCGGCGACGCAAGAUGACGACUUCGUGGGUCGGUUGGACGCCCUGCGCGCUGCUCGGCCAGAUAUGGCGGUGUACUGGAGGUCGGGGGAUGACCCGGCGCCCGUCGUACGAUGAUGGGGCGGGUGUGGCGUGCCUGCUGGGCGCGUUGUGGGGCUCGGACGAGCUGCAAGCUUGAAACAAUCAGUCUACGUGAAUGCUUGACAAGGGUAACAACGCUGUGCCGCGGAGGCAAGUGCAUAUGGUUGGAUGUGCAAUGGGUUAGGUGGUCAGGUGCGCGCCGGAACAGGUUCUCUCAAUGGACGCCGUGCCUUUUCGACAUUCGCCUCUUGGUUUGGGGCAGCGAAAGCGAUGAGGGACGGAAAGGGCACCUGCCUAAUGGACCGGUAACCGUUUGGUGCUGGCAAGAGUUAUUCCCGA